GGUAGAAAGAGUUGCAUCAGGAUGACCAAUAGGCUGCAGCUUCAGUGUCAGUGUAAAGUGAAAGUAGGUGGAUAGAAAGAAAAAAAACAACAAACGCACACGGAAGGCGCAAGACUGUAUCUCUUAACUUGUGUUAAAGAGCUGGCGUCGAAAUCAGUGCCUGCACACUAUGGCGCUGUGGGCGCAAAUGACCCCGCAGUUACAGUUCCUGCCAACUCAGAUACUGAAUGAACUCUACCCAGACACAUUCCCUCUGGACGUCAGGCACUAUCUGGCCAGCUGGAUAGAGGAACAGAGAUGGGAGAACUUUGAUGUAGACAACAUGGAGCAGGAGCCUCAGGCCCGAAGGCUGUUGGAUCAGAUGGUGCGUUUGCUGCAGGAGGUGGCCCAACACAAUCCUAACGUGGUGGAGAGGGUCAAACUACAACAUAUCAGCCGGAACUUGAGUGUGUUCCAGCAACAACCCAUGCAACUUGUGAGGACAGUUCGAGAUAUUCUAAGGAAAGAAAGACAUUUAUUAACACAGGUGGGUAUGCACUCCAACUUCCCACCCUUCCAGCAAAUUCCUCAGGGUCCUCCAGCUACCAAUGGCACCCCACAACCUGCAAGGGAGGAUGGUAAGACUGAUGUGGACAAUCUGGUGCUCAAAGUUCUGGAAAUUCAAAACUGCCGCCAAACACUUCAUCAGCUUCAAGAGGACUUGAACUGGGAAAAACAGGAAAUGGAGUCGAUUCAAGGUCAAAAUGAGUUGGAUCCACAGAAUUCAGAUCAAGUGACUAGGCAGAAUCGCAUACAGCAGCUUGAGUACAACUAUUCAGUCUGUGCAAAGAAGCGCAUGCAGCUCCUUCAAGAGGCCGUGUGUGCUCUGGAGCUUUGCCAGGCCAGUCUUAUUCUCAGAAUUAAGUCCUGGAGGUGGGAACAGCACCGAGCAACCAUUGGCGUGCAAUUUGAUGACAACCUUGGCCCACUUCAGACAUGGUGUGAGCAGUUGCUUGGAGUAAAUAGUAACCUGAGGCAGGAGCUCAUGUUGGUGAAGAGAGACCACGGAGUGGUUGAGCAGUUUCACACGUUGCAGGAAAGCCUGGCACAUGUGCUCCAGACUCUCAUAAAGAAUUCAUUGGUAGUAGAUAAGCAGCCUCCCCAGGUCAUCAAAACCCAAUCCAAGUUUUCCACCACUGUACGCUAUCUGCUGGGAGAGAAGAUGGCCCCUGGGAAACCUGUCCUGUUGAAGGCUCAGAUUAUUACUGAGGCUCAAGCGAGACAAGGUGUCGUACCCAAUGAAAAUGUAGGAGAACUUAUCAACAGCACGGCCAUCUUAGAGCACAACACUGCAAGCAAGAACACAUGUGCUACCUUUAGAAACAUGUCCAUAAGGAAGAUCAAACGAGCUGACAGGAAGGGCUCUGAGUCAGUGACGGAGGAAAAGUUCGCUUUGUUGUUUACCACAGAAUUAACCAUCACUGGCUGUGAGAGCCCUUAUAGCAUUCAGGCAAUCUCUCUUCCUGUGGUUGUAAUUGUACAUGGUAGUCAGGAAAUCAAUGCUAUGGCGACCAUCAUAUGGGACUGUGCCUUCUCUGAGCCUGACAGGGUUCCAUUCAUUGUUCCAGAGCGUGUGCCCUGGAAGCAGAUGUGUGAAGCUCUUAGCAGUAAGUUCAUGUCUGAAGUGCAGACACAGCGGUGCUUGGACAGAUACAACUUUCACUUUCUUGCCCAGAAGAUCUUCGACCAACCAGACAUAACAGAAGAUUUCAGUAAUAUGCCAGUGUCCUGGGCUCAGUUCAACAAGGUGCCACUAACAUGCAUUUGUUUAUGUGCAUUAUUAUACAAUAUUAUGAGCAUGUGUUGUCUGACAGAUGACUACAUACUGACAAUAGACUACUGGAGUGAAGGAUUGAUCUUUGGGUUCAUUGGAAAACAGCAUCUCCAUGUCAUCCUGCAAAACAAACCCAACGGCACCUUUCUUUUGCGCUUUAGUGAUUCAGAGAUUGGUGGCAUCACCAUCGCCUAUGUGGGUCCCAGUGAUAACGGAGGCAGGAAAAUCCAGAAUAUCCAACCCUUCACUAAGAAGGAUCUGGAUUCAGCUGGCCUUGGCGACCGCAUACGGGACAUUAACUGCAUCACUCAUGUGUAUCCAGACUUACCAAAGAACGAAGUAUUUAAGAAAUUCUUUACAGUGCCUUCUCCCCCUAAUCCUGAUGGUUACCUACCAUUCAAACUAACAACAGUAGUCAACCCAGGAGACCAACGUUCCACCGCCAGCAUACCACCUGACACCCCUAUGGACAUAUUCGGGCAACCUAUGAGCAAUGUCUAUGGGCAGAACAUGAAUCAGGGCAUAUUCUCCCCACUUCCUCAGUCUACACCUCCAUAUAUGCCAGAGCAAAUACCAGGUCAAGGACCACUCUACCAAUCACCCAUGCCACAAGCUUCCUCAAGUGAAGAAAUAGACAUGGAAGCACUGGAGGGAAUUUUGUCAUCAAUUUGUCAAAAUACUAACAAAGAUCUUAAUUAGAGGUACAGCCUCUGUUCUUGGUGGACAAAGGCUAUCAGAUGGCUUCGUGCUUUAAGGACAUCCAGCACAACUCCCAAAAGGAUACAUUACCCAUUUGUUCCCAAAACAUGUGUAUCAGUAGAAAUGCACUUUUCUUACAUUCAUAUGCAUGAAUCAUUGGGCGGUUGGUGUCUAUAUCACAUGGAUCAUAUACAACUCAAUAUCGCACUCGCUUUCUCCUGCAUAAACACACUAAUCGUGCAAUUUAAAGGAACAGUGUGUUCAACUCAGUAAUUAUAGUGAAUGAUUGCUAGCAACUUUUUAAUGAAAUUUUAUGAAAUUUCUAUGAGAAGCAGGUGAACCUUUGGUGUCAUUAGUCUUAUUAGCGUGUAGUACCUAAACUCGCAAGUCAUUCUCUGUUUCGGUCUUAUGACUACUCUUGAAAGUAUCAUUAUAACUGACAAGUGAAACAGGAAUUUAUUUGCUAUCAGGUGGUUUUAUGAAGAGAGACCAAAUAGAUUUAACAUGUUACACAUUUUUGUCUGCCAGAAGAUUUUUAUCCUUUAAAUUUGAUGCAGAAAAACAUAUUCCAGCGUGGAUAUUUGACCAGAGUAGAUUAGCGAUAUUUUACUCUUAAUGUCCUGAAUGAAAUGGAUUGUCUGCAAGUGCAGACACAGAUGUGAGCUGAAAUGUAUAGCAAUGUAAAAGAACAUAAUUUUUUUUUAGACCUUUUUAGAAAUUAUAGGUUUUAUUAAACUCUAUGCAAAUAUUAGUUUUGUGCCAUAUUCCAUAUAGACAGUCCUUUUGGUCCUUUUCAUUUGCAUGACUUGUGUGUGAUCGCAUAUUCAACAUUCAGUAUUCGUAUGAGUCUACAGUCAGGUUUGGCCAGUAAACCUAAAUUUGUUUUUAAAAUGUUUAAAAGUUUUUAAAAAAGUUUUUUAAAUUACAUAUCACUAGCGAGUUUUGCUUUACUCAUUUGUUCCUCCAGUUGCACAAUAUGAUCUAUAGCUCAACCUCUCUUUACAUAAUCAAUGGGUAAAAGUCAUGUACAAUACAUAUCAUGUGCACAAAAUAACAGUAAGGUUUUGUGUCAGAUGUAGACAUAAUACUGUGUCCACGUACUCUACAGUGUUCUGUGUCACCUUUUCUGUAUUUAGUCUUUAGUGCUACAAGUCAUCAAUGUUCUUAAAAUUGAAAUGUAAUAUACAUAGUUUCUCAACCUUAAACUGUGAUUUUUGCCAUCCAACAAUACUGCUCUUUAUCUUGUAAAAUAUAAAGCUUUCAUCUUAGUGCUUUGAAUAUGAAAAUAUAUCAAAUGGAAUGUUUUUCAAAGGUGUCAUCAGUAACUGUCUGUAUGUAUUUAGUCCAGUAGGGGAGUACCACACAUUCUUCUGUCUGUUGUCUAUUCAGAUGUUGUUUCUGUAGCACUAAUUGAUAGAUGUGCUAGAUAUGCACCUGCCUGAUCGAUACCCGAAAAUCUCACCAUAUUCCUGUUACUGGCCACAGAGCAGUAUAAAGCACUUACACAUUUAGCUAUGAAAAAUGUUAAAGUUGCCAUUUUUCUUUUUUAAUACAUGUGACCAAAUCUGUAAAGCAGGUAUAUAAGCAUUUUUUUAAAGAAAUGUUCAUAUUCCCAUGUUUUAAAUCUGAUAAAUAAAGUCAAAAUCCAUUCAA